AUGGCCUGCAUCCAUUCGGAAGCUUCAGUUAUUAGCCCUCCAGGGCCCUUCCAAUCGGUUUAUCGAGAAGAUUGCACCCAGUGUUUUGACUCUAUUGAUGAUGCCUCGGGCCUUAACGUCUGCCUUCAUUGCUUCAACGGUGGCUGUGCUGGAGACCGAGAUCAUGCCCGGCUUCAUUCUCAGCGCUUCGGCCACUCUUUGGCGUUGAACAUCAAAAGAACGCCAAAGCAGAUUCAGCGUGAUGAACCCCCGCCGAAAAUUUCCAAGCUCGCAAUCGCCGCCGAAACCGAGGCGGAUCGUUAUGACAUCGUUACAUCUGUGAUAUGCUAUUCUUGCGCCGAUAACAAUGUGGAUAAAACAUGCGGCAAUCUGCUCGCGACGGUUGAAGGUGUUAUGAAUGCCAUGACAUUUUCCAAGAAAGAGGAAGUCAAGGCAUGGGAACAAGAGUUCGUUCCUUGUGAGCACACUCUAUAUUUGGUCCAGCAUGAAAUCGAGAACGCGGAAUCCAAAGAUUCAAGUCAGUGCUCGGCGUGCGAUCUUAAGGAGAACCUCUGGCUCUGUCUCGAGUGCGGAAAUGUCGCUUGUGGACGUAGCCAGUUCGGCGGGAGUAAGGGAAAUUCACAUGCUGUCGCUCAUGCAGACUCGGCAUCGCAUGGUGUUGCUGUGAAGCUAGGCUCUAUCACAGCCGAGGGAUCCGCCGAUAUCUAUUGCUACAAGUGCAAUGAGGAACGGACAGAUCCGGAACUUGCUAAGCACCUUGCACACUGGGGAAUAUAUUUGGCCGGGCGAGAGAAGACUGAAAAAAGCUUGAUGGAAAUGCAAGUCGAACACAACAUGCAGUGGGAGUUUUCCAUGACUAGCGAGGACGGACGCGAGCUAUUGCCGGUCUAUGGCCCUGGGUUCACUGGCUUGUCCAACCUUGGAAACAGCUGUUAUUUGUCAAGUAUCCUGCAGUGUAUCUUCUCUACUCGAGGGUUCGAGGAGCGAUACUUCUAUCCUUCUAGCGAACCUCCAUACACUGAUGCUCCAGCACAAGAUCUUGAGACACAAAUGAGGAAGUUGGCAGAUGGUCUGCUUUCGGGCCGUUAUUCUCGACCAGAUUCACGCAUUGCUGCGUCCUCGGAUACGCCGGAGAGUGCGCAUCAGAAAGGACUGGCCCCGGCCAUGUUUAAAUACCUGAUUGGGCAGGGCCAUGAAGAGUUUGCGACGAUGAGACAACAAGAUGCCUUCGAAUUUCUUCUUCAUGUGUUCAAGUCGAUCAGCUUGUCAAAUCACCCCGAGGGUCAAGUGAAUCCAGUCCAAUAUUUCCGAUUCCAGGUGGAGCAGCGGCUUCAGUGUCUCAGCUGCAAAAAGGUUCGCUACAAGGUCGAUGAGCAAGACAAUAUCUCUGUUGCGGUACCAGCGCGUCGUCUUGAAUCAAGUAGGGAUCGCUUUGAGCCAGUGACAUUGACCGAGUGUCUAGACAUUUUCACUGCAGAGGAAAUAGUGGAGCUUAAAUGCCCCGCAUGCGAAGGCGGCCUUGGCUUUUCCAAACGGUCGUCUUUCAAGACUCUACCCUCCGAACUAGCAGUCAAUGCUCGGCGGUUCGAGGUGGUGAACUGGGUUCCCACCAAGCUUGAUAUUCCUGUGAUCGUGGAUGACGCACCUCUAGACUUCGGACGUUAUAUCAGCAAACAACAUGAUAAAUUUGAGGAGCUCUUGCCUGAGGAGGUUGCGGAGACACCUACUUUCACUGCCAAUCCUGCGGCCAUGGAUCAGCUUUUGAACAUGGGCUUCCCUCAGCCGAGAUGUGAGAAGGCCCUCCAUGCAACUGGAAACUCAGACCCAGAGGCUGCCAUGAACUGGUUACUUGCACACAUGGAGGACCCCGACAUUGAUGAGCCUCUGGUCUUGAGUGGCAAAUCGGGAGAUUCACCACAGGAUGAAGGCAAAGUUGCCCAGCUAGGCGAAAUGGGCAUCGACCCUGCCAGGGCCCGGAAAGCUUUGGCUGCAACAGACGGCGAUGUUACCCGGGCUGUAGAUUGGGUCUUCAGCCAUCCUGAUGAUGGAUCAGGAGACCAGUUCGACACAAAUACUAAUGAUACUCCAGCCCAGCAAGGCACACCUGGCUUUGACAGCUUGCCAGCUUCUUACCAGUUACGAUCUAUUGUGUGUCACAAGGGCACUUCCGUGCAUGCAGGACAUUAUGUAGCUCUUGUUCGUAAGGUGCUUCCAAACCAGGACCAGCUUUCAUGGGUGAUGUUUAAUGAUGAGAAAGUUGUCAAGUUUGACGACAUUGAGGGCAUAAAAAAGACCGCCUACAUGUACUUCUUUACUCGGGUCUAG